CUAGUAUAGAUUAAUUAAUCCAUCGCUUCAUUCUUUAUAAAAAAAAAUCACUUAUCAGACGCUGCAAUAUAAUUUGCAACUGCUCUCCUUAAUCCUUAUAUAAGUUCCAGUAGUUCCGUUCCAAAUUCCAGUCUUUUUUGUGCGUUACGUCCUGUGUUUUAAAUCUCAAUCACAAAAAUCGUCAAAUUUAACACAAAAUGGCUGCAAAUGAUGUGCCAUGUUGUGAAACUAUGUUUUGGGUAUACUUAGUUAUAAGUGUGUCACUGGUGUGUUUUGCUGGACUUAUGUCUGGACUCACACUGGGACUCAUGUCUCUUAGCCUUAUGGAUCUUGAGGUUCUAGUUAAGGCUGGUCAGCCAAAUGAUCGAAAAAACGCAGAGAAAAUUCUGCCUAUUGUAAAGAAUCAGCACUUGCUCUUGUGUACCCUUCUAAUAUGUAAUGCCAUGGCUAUGGAGGCUCUUCCGAUAUUCCUAGAUGCUUUACUUCCAGCAUGGGGUGCUAUACUAAUAUCAGUCACCCUCAUACUAGCUUUUGGAGAGAUUAUUCCACAGGCCAUCUGUUCUCGCUAUGGACUGAGCAUUGGUGCAAGACUGUCACCUUUGGUUCGUUUGCUUGUCAUAGUCGUCUUCCCUUUAUCAUACCCCAUCAGUAAGUUGUUGGAUUCACUCCUGGGGAAAGGGCACUCGGCACUUCUACACCGUGCAGAGCUGAAAACCUUGGUGAAUUUGCAUGGUAAUGAGGCAGGGAAAGGUGGAGAGUUGAGCCACGACGAAACUACCAUAAUCGCUGGAGCAUUGGACCUAGCUCAGAAAAUGGUUAAAGAUGCAAUGACUCCCAUGUCCAGAGUAUUUUCCCUUGAUCUUCACUAUAAACUUACAGAUGAAAAGAUCAAUCUAAUAAUAAGCAAAGGCCAUAGUCGCGUGCCUGUGUACUCUGGUAGUCCAACAAAUAUUGUAGGCCUAAUCUUGGUGAAGAAUUUGAUAAAAUGUCGUCCUGAAGAUGAGGUGCUAAUCAAGGAUCUCACUAUAAGGAGUAUACCAAAGGUCCCGGAUUCUUUACCAUUAUAUGAUCUUCUAAACCAGUUCCAGAAGGGGCAUAGCCAUAUGGCUGUAGUAGUGAAAAGUAGUAGGAUCACUAAGGAAGUUGCUGAAAAUGCGACUGCUAAACACGAUAUUGUCAACAUAAUUAUACUUCCGGACAGUCCAAUUCAACAGCAUGCAGUUGAAAAGGGAGAAGUAGCAAUUGGUAUCAUUACAAUGGAGGAUGUCCUUGAACAACUUCUGCAGGAACCAAUAUACGAUGAGACUGAUGACUAUGUUGCUGUUCAUAACAAUAUUAGAAUCAACAUUCCUCCAUCAAUGGUAUUUUCACCAAGAAGAUCUCCAGGAGUGGCAUUGGGGGCUACCAAACCAAAGCGACAAAGUCCAAUAACAUCUCCAGUUUCAAGUGCUCAUCAAAGUCCUAUGUUGCGCUCACCAGUUUCACCAUACGUGCAGUCACCGUAUGCAAUGCCAAAACUAUCUGUUAAUUCCCCUACCCACUUAAAUAGUACAAAUUCUCCAAGCAGAUUUUCACGCAGCUCUCCAUCGUCUAAUCAGGUUUCACGGAAGUCUUAUGGGAAGUUGGACAAACACGGAUUUUAGUACUUGCAGAAGCUUGAGGACAUUCUGUUGUCCAAGUUUCAUAGCCAAAAGUUGAGAUGAUUUAGAGAUGUAUGUGAGAAAAAGGAUAUUUCAUGCUACAUCAUGAAAGGGACAAAGUCAUUCAUACAAGUGAAAAUGGGUUUUCACUCACAAGUCUACCAGCUAGUACUCUUGCAAGUGAAAUUCAUGUAUAUAUGUAAUUUCAACUUUUUGA